UCGUCGCUCUCUAGCCAAUUAAUUCUCGUAUAUCCCGAACCCGAAACGACGUUAAACUCGUCAACACGCUGUCUCGAUUUCUUUCCCUAUUACGAAUCACAACCGCCGACAUGUUCAAGCGCUCGUUCCGGUCUGCGGACCGAGUCGACAAGUCGGCGAGGCUGAAGAAAUCCAGCAACCAUGCAAACAACUCGGUUCGGGAUCCCCAGAAGCUAGCGAAACUGCAGCGGUCGCUCGAGGACAUUCUUCCAGCUAAGAAGACCCUCACCUCUCCCAUCGUCACCCUCACCGUUGGCCGAGAGGCGCGAUUGUUCGCGGCCCACGAGGAGGUCCUGAGCCAGUCGCCCUUUUUUGAGAGGGCCUGCCGGGAACAAUACCUCGAGGCGCAGGGCAAGAGGAUUUCGCUUCCAGACGAAGAACCUGAGAUCUUCUCGGCCGUCCUAGAGUAUCUUUACAAGGGUGACUACUACCCCCGCUUGAUGCACAAUAAGCACCGAAACUCUUGGGAGCUCGAAGACGCCGUCAGAUCUCCCGACCCCUCAGAAAACAAUCGAGCUGGCCGCGGAGCCGUUGAGGCUACAAUGUACGUCGCCAGCGUGGGGCAGUAUCUCCUGAGAGAUACAGUCGUCUACUGCGCCGCCGACAGGUUCGGACUCGAGGAGCUCAAGCGCCUGUCUCUCCGGAAACAGGGCCUGCAGAGUGGGAUCGAUGUCGGAACGAUCCUUCGGUCGGCACAGUACGCCUACGACAACACGCCGGACACAGACUCGCGGUUACGCGCUCAUUAUCUCGCCCUGAUCAUCCGAUGUCGCAAGACAUUCAAGAGGAGUGGAACCAUGCAAGCGGAGAUGGAACGCGGCGGCAAACUAUUCUUCGACCUAUUCGUUGCCAUGUGCAACCAUCUCGACGACGUCGUGGACAUGAGCAACGCUCGGACUCCUAAGACCAUUUGAAGAGCUCUUGGAUUGCUAUAAAAACAAAAACAUGUGUAAACUGAAUAUUGGGUCCCAUGGGAAAGGAAUACUAUGGCGUUGGAAUGUGAAUUUUUGAUAUGCCUUACUUUGGCGAGGAACGGAACAGUCACCUGGGG